CUCUGGACUGUGGUGUAGCUUAAAUGAAACUGCUUCCUCAGAAAGGAGAUGUGUGAAAAGUCUUUGUGCUCUAGCAUGGAGAUGGUAAGUGUAGGAGUCAGCACCGAGCCCGAGCCUUGUCAGAGCAGGUGGGAAGUUGAGACAGAUGAAGUUGUCUUGCGGCGACGUCAGAAGCAGAUUGAUUAUGGCAAGUGCACACCUGGUUACCAGUGCUUUUUGCAGCAGGUCCCCAAGUCACAGCGAAAGCGAGGGGUGCACCCUCGAACACCAAACAAGAAUAGAAAGUAUAGCCGUCGUUCCUGGGAUACCCAGAUCAAGCAGUGGAGAAGAGCUCUGCAUAACUGGGACCCUCCAAGCCAGCCUCUGCAGGGCAAAGGGAUUGAAGGACAAGGAAUGGAGAGUCUCUUAGAACCAAUGAAUUCUAUCCCUUUGAAUAACCUCCAGGAUAACCUGCUCCAAGCUCUGGAACCCUCAGAGAAUCUAGAUGAAGAUCAGAAGGGAACACAGAUUUCCAAACUGUUCUGGGGGAAGGAAUUUAAAGACUCCAGCGGGCAUGCCCCGCAAGCGUUUUAUAAAUGCCGGAUUCCUCGGGCUCGAGCGAUCGGAUGGUUCCGAGGGAGCCGACGAGACGGAGGGAUACGUUUCCGCUCCUCGGGGGCCUGUUGGUUCGUGCCGACGCCUUUUAAGGGCACCGUGGGGCGAAAGGAGCGCUCAGAGCUGCUCCGGCCGCGGCCCUGGGAGCUGGAGGAGCCGCGGUUUCAGCACAACCUCAGCAUCCCUGAAACACGAGUGUCAGGGGUUAAUGACAUCCAAUAG